AGUUGCCAGGUGUAAAGAGUAACGAAAUCAUUUAAUUGUAAAGUGAGAUUCGACAAUAUUCGACUAAAUGUUUCACGUGUCGCAAAAUUCGCCGAUUUUCAAUAAAAAUUGUACGAAUAUUUCGAUUGAUUCUCACAAUUCGUUCGGUUCGAAAAUUCGACCAACGGGAUUAUUGGCGAAAUUAGGUGUACCGUGUCAAAAUGACAACCAUUACGAUUACGGUCGUUGUUUCGAUUAUUAUCAAAACGGCGUUUACAACGUUUGUCGAUUUGUCGAAGUUGGUGAUAUCGAAGAUUUCAUGAACAAUGAAAAACGAAAAGAGAAAUCUCGAAAUGCCGCCCGUUGUCGGAGAUCAAAAGAAACAGAACUCUAUUACGAUUUGGCUAGUGCUUUGCCUUUUACGACUGAACAAAUUUCACAAUUGGAUAAAGCUUCUGUAAUGCGAUUGGCCAUUUCUUAUCUGAAAAUUAGAAAUGUCCUCGGAGCCGUACCGGAGUUUGAUACUUUGGACGAAGACGAAGAAAACGAAAAUAUGGACAGUUCAACAUUUCUGAAAACCCUAGACGGUUUCGUCAUGAUUUUAUCGGAAGAAGGAGACUUUAUUUACGUAUCCGAAAACGUUAACGAAUAUUUGGGAAUUAAUCAGAUUGAUCUGAUGGGGCAAAAUGUAUAUGAAUACAGUCAUCCCUGCGAUCACGAAGAAAUCAAAGAAAUUUUGUCCGGCAAAGUUGUCGAAGACGAAGCGAAUUUGAACAAAUCCCUAUUCGUCAGAAUGAAAUGUACACUUACAAAUAAAGGAAGAUCUGUCACUUUGAAAUCUGCUGUAUACAAAGUAAUUCAUUGUACCGGUCACGUAAUGAAAUAUCGAAAUUUAGAUAAAGACAAAGAAGAUGCAUCUGAAAUGAAGAGUUGUUUCAUUUCGGUAAAUCAACCGAUUCCGCAUCCUUCCAAUAUCGAGUCUCCUCUUCCAAAACAAACGUUUUUAACGAAACACAGUUUGGAUAUGAAAUUUACGCACGCCGACGAUGAUUUCAUGAAGGAACUCUUAGGAUACGAACCAACGGAUCUUUUGGGAAAAUCGGCUUACGAAUUCCAUCAUGCUUUAGACAGCGAUGCCAUAUUGUCUUCAUAUAAAUGCCUAUUUUCGAAAGGGCAGUGUCAAACGGGCCAGUAUCGUUUCUUGGGCAAAUCCGGCGGUUACGUCUGGUUAGUGACGCAAGCUACUUUGAUCCAUGACAAAAAUUACAAACCGCAGAGCGUGGUAUGCGUUAAUUACGUCAUAAGUGGACUGGAAUGCGAGGAUCAAUUAUAUUCCUCCUUACAAUAUACUACCACCUCCUCUUCAUCCUCCUCCUCCUCCUCCUCCGUUAAAUCUGAAAUAAACAAUAACAAUUGUCGUUUGGCAAUCGUACCCGAAAUUGUAAUUACUGACGAAAGCAGUAACAGAGAUGACGAAAAUGACGAAGUGAUUAAAAGAGUGGACGAAAAGAAACCCAUUUCGAGUACUAGGAAAUUGUUUGGUAAUCUUCAAGAAGUUGAAGGUUCUAUCGUUAGACCGAUAAGUGCCACUAGCAAGAUAUUCGGACCGAGGACUAAGGAUAUGAGUAGAGGCUUUUUGACGUUUUCAGAUGAAGAGCCCGGUCUUACAAUGUUAAAAGACGAACCAGAGGAUCUGACACAUUUGGCACCAGUAGCGGGUGAUGUUUGUGUUCCGUUGGAAGAUCACAAUUUUCUUCCCGACAUGUUGGACGAUAUCCUUUUAAGAGAUAACUUUGGUCCUUUAUUAACCGAAGAACCGACAGAUCCGUUUAUAUCGUAUAGAGAUUUCCAAGAUACUUCCCCGCAAUUAUUGUCGCCAAAUUUGUCGAAGCAUUCAGAUUGUAGUUUACCCUCUCUCAAUAGUCCAACCGACUCUCUUAUAGAUGACGAACACACUUCGUCUUUUAUGAACCUCCAAAUGGAGGAAGACGUUGAAUUGCUCAAACCCCCCUACAUAUCGAUGAACAUAACUGACGAUUUACCGUUGUUAGUUUCGAACGAUUUAAUGUGGAGUACGAGCGACAAAAAGAUACACAACCACCAUCACUCUGAUAAUAACAAUUCGAGUUUGGCUCAAUUGUUAUCGAAUUCGUUGAGCAAACACCAAUUGACGCAAAAAGAUCACGGUGGAGGGGGAAUGAUGUACAAGAAUGAUAUCGAUGAUACGUACACUGUCAAAUGUAUUCGUAAAUCGCCGUGGAACGAUCAAAACUGCCUUUCGUCUAAAUCAAACCUUAUAAAUAAUAAUAAUAAUAAUAAUAAUAAUAAUAAUACGAAUAAGACAGUUGACGAUCAACGUACGCCGAGUACGAAACGUUCGAAUUGUAGUGCAAGUUACGAGCAAGUUAGUAAAAAGACUCGAAGCGAACCUAAAGAAAAAAUGUCAUCUGAAUUAUUACAACAGUUAAUUUCCAAUAAUAAUAAUCAUCAUAAUAGAGGCCGAUCGAGGGAUAAAAAUACUUGGUUAUUAAAUAGAAAUUCUCAAAAGGCCGCGUGCAUUUCGCAGCCGAGCGAUAGCGUUUUAAUGAAUUUAUUGGAUGUUUCUUCUCCUACUACUAGUAGAAGUAAUAGUACCACUACUGACCAACCGCUGAUGUCCGAUCUUGUUCCCGUAUUAGACAACUUGAAGAUGUUGGAAGAUACAGAAUCUGACAAGAGAUCUCAGUUUAUAAGAAAUUGUCAAAGUCUUUUAUAUCCCGAAAAUACGUCGUUCGCUUCGUUGAUGGAUCUAACCCAACACGAUUUGGACGUUAACGCUCCCGUUAGUAACAAUAUGUUACAAGGAAAAGAUUUAUUAUCGGCCUUAGAUACAAACUUGGUCGCUAUUUAGCCAGCACCAUAUUUUAUUAUCAACAAUCAAUCAUUAUUGGACGAUGUGUACACCUACUCAUUUGGGGAAUUUGGCAAAAUAACAACAAUCAUACAUCAAUUGUAACAAGAUUUUUAUAACAUUUAAAUGAAUAUUUUAAUUAUAAAAACUUUUAUAUUUGUAGUUUUGGAUAUAGACAUAUUAUUUUACAAAUAAAAAUCUAUAUAUAAA